AUGGGGAGCCAUAGCCUCCUCGCCGCCCUCCUCGCCGCCGCCCUCGCCUUCCUCCUGCCGCUCCCCGCCGCCCCCUCGGCCCACCGCAAGCUCCUGGUGUUCCUGCUCGAUGGCUUUCGCUUCGACUACAUCGACGACAGCGAGCUGGAGGGUCUGCCGGGCUUUCGGGAGAUUGUGAACAUGGGGGUGAAGGUGGAUUACAUGACCCCAGACUUCCCCAGUCUCUCCUACCCAAAUUACUACACACUGAUGACGGGUCGCCACUGUGAGGUCCAUCAGAUGAUUGGAAACUACAUGUGGGACCAAAAGACAAAUGUAUCUUUUGACAUUGGUGUGACUAAAGAAAGCCUGCUGCCUCUCUGGUGGAAUGGAUCGGAGCCUUUGUGGGUCACAAUGAUGAAAGAAAAAAAGAACGUUUCCAUGUACUACUGGCCAGGUUGCGAGGUCGAAAUCCUUGGAGUCAGACCAAGUUAUUGCCGCGAGUACUUCAGCGUCCCAACAGACAAAAACUUUGCGGAUGCCAUCAGCGAUGCUCUCGAGUCUUUGCGCAACGGCAGCGCCGAGAUGGCUGCGGUGUACUACGAGCGCAUCGACGUGGAAGGCCACCACUACGGCCCUUCGUCCCAGCAGCGGAAGAAUGCUUUGAAGGAGGUGGACAAAGCCUUGAGCAACAUGAUCGCGCUCAUCAAGAGCAAGGGCCUUCAGCAUGAUGUCAACGUCCUCCUCUUCUCCGAUCACGGGAUGACAGACAUCUCUUGGGCGGACAAAGUGAUUGAGCUGAAAAACUAUAUCAAUAUGAGUGAUACCAUACAAAUGAAGGACCGAGGUCCUGUUGUGAGCCUCUGGCCAGCUCCAGAGAAGCACGCGGAGAUAUAUCAAAAAUUGAAAGCUGUGGAACACAUGCACGUUUAUAACAUACAGGAUAUUCCAGACAGGUUUUUCUACAAAAAAGGAAAAUUUGUCUCUCCUCUAACUCUCGUGGCCGAGAAAGGAUGGUUCAUAGUAGAGAGCAGGGACAAGCUGCCCUUCUGGGAGAACGGGACGGGGAGGAAGGAGGCCUGGCAGAAUGGCUGGCACGGCUACGACAACGAGCUCAUGGACAUGAGAGCCUUCUUCCUCGCAUACGGGCCAGAUUUCCGAUCCAACUUCCGAGCGCCUCCCAUCAGAUCCGUGGAUGUUUACAACAUCAUGUGCAGCCUGGCAGGAAUACAGCCGCUGCCCAACAAUGGCUCCUGGUCCAGGGUGGAGUGCAUGCUCCGAAACACGGCCCCCUUGGCACCACUCCCCCCGUGCAGCAGCUGCACCCUGGCGCUAGCUCUGCUCUCCCUGUUUGCCGAGCAGAUCUCCUUACUGUGAUCCCCGAACAAUGUCGGUCAGUGUCACCAGCAACUCCAUCCUUCUCUUUUUUUUUGGUUUUAAGUUCUUCAUUUGAAUAAUAACUUCAUUAAUAGAGUGCUGCCCCCAACUCCUCCGUCGUGCUCCACCAGGCAUGAAUCUGACCCAUCCUGCUUUUACAGCGGUUAUAACAUGAAGCCAGGUUUCGUGCUGCUCUAAACACAGCCAGGAAAGUCAGGGUCGCUACUCUGGAUUUACAGCACUGGCAAUGAGAGCAGAAUCCCGGCCAGCUAUCUGCAAAAUUUUCUGGUGGGUGCACAUGGCAAUCUCUGAGCAUCAAACGUAUUUUACCCCAGCAUCUUUAACUGAGAGGCUCACCGUGGCUCCCAGUACGGAGAAGCUCAGGGGUGGAGAUAGACCCCUGUGCAUUUAACUGGGUUCUUUCUGAUUCACUCCUUCAUCUCCUGCUCCAUCACCAGCAGAGCCCCACCUUCUCCUUACAGUGCCAGCCAAGCCCCGUCUAUACUGAUCUGUUCUUCAAAGAGCCAAGCGCUUUGCUGAGUGAUCAUACUGCUGAAAGAGGUGGAUCGGCAGGAGAGCAGUGAGAGCAUCCUACUUCUCUCAGCUUUUCCUUCUUCAUUUUCCCCAAAGUGAGCCCUGGCCCUGCACACCUGCAGGGUUGGGCUUUCCUCACGGACCACAGCAGGGCAGUUGCGGGGGGCGGUGCUGGGAAAGGGGAGAGCGAUAGAAAUCCUCCACUUCAAAACCAGGAGGAAAGUGAAACAGCAUCUGGACACACAGGGGUCAGGAGAAAAUAGGAUGAAGAAGCCUGGCAUGUAACAGCCUCUCUGCUUUUCCUGGUGGAGAUAAUAUCAUCUGCUCAGGUUUUGGGGUUUUGUACCCAACUGUGUUUCUGAAGGGUUUUCAACACUAACUGCUUUUCUACCAGCUCUUGCUCUCUACACCUCUGCCCGGUGAGCAGCACAUUCCCCUUUAUUCUGCAGCAGGAAGAGAGGUCUACAUUGACAGAUCUCCCACCCUCUCAGUUAAUCCUAGCUAAUAUUUCCACCACGGGCCAUCAAACCCAAACAAAGUUGUAACGGUAAAGUUAAAUAGCAGGAGAGGAUGGAGCUGUUGUCGGAGGUAAUGCCUCUAAAGGUUAAGUCAGAUGGAUGAUGUAAUCCUGAAAACAUCAACAUGGGAGACACAUUAAAUCCCUGAAAAACCUGAUUUUGCCCCUACUCAUUCACUGCAGCGUAGCCAUGGAUCCACCCUGGGGCAAUGUUCAACACAGGGCUGGCGGCAAAGCCACCACCACGGUCUGUUAGCUCAGAAGAUUAAUUUCACUUAAUUGUUAAGUCGUCUAGUUGUCACAGUCCUUGGUGUUACACACUGGGAUGGAUGGAUGUGUGCCGUGGUGGGUCAUUAGAGAGGUGUUCUUUUUACGUCAUUAAAUUUCUACUGUGAAAUAAGCUCGUCUAAAACAGGGCUGUGAGGGUCUGAUCCUGCAAAGUGUCCUUUCCUCUUCAGGAGGCUGUGGCAAUGCCUUCGGGAGUGCUCAGUGCUUUUUCCAAUAUACCUCUGAACCAGGAGCUUUCCGUGACAAACUGCCUUUGGAAGGAUUUAGGUCCCUCCCCAUGCAAAAUAAGCCUCUAGGACUUAUUAUUCCUGUGGAUCCAGAGUCAAGCACGAUCCUGGUAUGUGUGGUACAGUGAGUUUAAGGGUGAAUGAUUACCCUGUGGGGAAAAAAAAACAACAAAAAACCCCCCAAACUUGACAAAAGACUUCUGUAAUAGCUGUAAAGAUUUAUGUAAUGUGUUUUUAAAGCUCAAGUGAACCAUCAAAUCAAUUGGGAAAAAAAAGGGAGAAAAAUCAGUCUUUGUUAUUAGACUGUUGAGUAUAAAAGGCAAUUUAGUGCUUUCGAAGCAUUUGCAAGUAGCUGUAAAACAAGCACCUAUUGUUCAGAGUUCCCUGUUGCUCUUUAAUGGACCAGGCUCAAUGAAUUCACUGGAGCACAUUUUAAAGCGGAAAAAGUUAUCGGUAUACAAGAUAACCAAAUGACUAAAUUACCAAGUUUUGUUUGAAAAUCAACAGGAUAGAUAACAGUCAAUACCUGCUAAUCCCUCUGUUGCCAUUUUAACUCUUACAGUGAACAGAACCCAAGGUCCUCUUACAGAAGAAAAGAUCCUAAAACUGUAAGGCUAUACUCAGGUUCUCAAUUAUACACGCAGAAAUUGGAAAUAACAAAUCGGGUCCAUUGAGUUGUUCCAGGGGUGGGCCAUGACACACGAAACCAACGUUGAUCCCUGGGAGUACUUUGUGUAACUCGUUUUUGUCAGUGUCCACGUGCAAAUACUGCAGAGUAAAUCUUCUAAUUGCAGUAGGAUUUGUUUGACCUUAAUGCAAGCAUUGUGUGUGUGGCAAUACACCUCAAAAGAUACUUGACCUGUAAAAGGGAAACUUGAUGGUAGACCUACAAGAAGCUCAUUAGCUUCAGGAGAACUACAGCUGAUUAUUUUUUGAGAAGUGCAUCUUUCUUCCUCAGAAAUGUUGUACUUCUGAAUCAGUUCACAUUCUCAUUCAAAAAUCAAGUGUCAUGACUCUCGCCUAUUUGUCUGUAUACUAUGCAACAGAGGUGGGUGUAUUUUAAAAUCUAUUUCUGAAUGAUGUUUUUAUACAAUGACUGAUUGUGAAUGAGUGAAUAAUUCUAAGAAUGGUGUUAGAAAAAUAAUAUGCAUCUUUUUGUAAAUACUGUAAGAUUUUUGGGAAAAAAAACAAAAAACAACCAAGCCACCCCUGUAACACCUUGCCUUUCUUGUUUGAUUGCUGCAUCAAAGUGUGAUAAACAGUGUUUGAAGCUUGUGCUGAUUAAUCAUCAGAAAGAUGAAUGAUAACAUUGUUUAGAAAUGGCAAAGUUGUCAGCAUGUAAAUUAGGGACAUUAAAUACAUCACACGAG